AUGCACAUCGACCACAAGCCGUACAAUGCCAUCAGCAAAGUGCUGACAAGUGGUCUGGAAGCUUCAGAAAAGCUGAUGGCAGCCAAGAUCGAGUAUGCCAGGGUGCUGCGCGAAGUUCUUUGUAAAGCGCUGGGUUGGGAGCUGACAAAGCAUGACACGGUGAUCUUCAUCCAGGGUGACCUCAACAGCCGGACGGUCUUCGAUGACAACGGCGCCGGGAGCCAGGCCAAAGAUGUCCUCCUCGAGGUGCUCCACGACCCCCAGCUCAUGGCAGCGAUCGCCAGCGACCUGCGCUUGCCGCAGGGGCGAUGGCACGAGGUCGUUCCAUUUACUGGCGUCAACGAGAUGCCUGUCACAUACAAGGUGGAUCCGAAGAUGUGCAUCGCGAAGAAGGUCACCGUAGGUGACAUCCUCAACCGCGUGCAUGAUCCCGCCCAGCCAGCGCCGGACUCCCGCGACCCGACGCGACAGCUCGCCAGCGUGCACAGGCGCGAGUUUGGUCACGAGUGGGGCUUGAAGAAAGAUCCUGCCAAGGUGAAGCCCACUCAUUUCCCAGCCUUCACUGAGCGGGUGAUUUACUGGGCACCAGAUUCCUUGGCCGGCCAGAUAUCAUUCGUGCUUCCAGAUGGUGGCUACGAGAUCGUUGGCCACAUUGAUGGAAGCGACCACCGACCUGUGAGGUUGGAGGCCUUAAUGGUGCUGGGUCCAGGGCACAGGACCUUCGAGACCCUGCCCCCUGCAGAUUCGCCAGAGGUCAAGGACCUGACCCAGAAGCUGACAAGCCGUCGCUUUUUGGACAAGCUCAUCUGCAUGUCUGAGAGGGGGUCUGAUGACAGCAGCGACGAUGCAAUGGGCGGUCGCGCUAGUGAAUGGUAUGAAGUAGGCAUCUGA